AGAGUCUUGUAUUAUGGAGAAGUAAUGGCGUUUUCCGCCCAGACAGACCAUGGGCAAAAUGAACAUAAAGACGCAGUUUUGUGCGAAAUUGGCAAAGAAACAUCGAAAGAUAACACGAAGGUUUGUGUUAGCAUCGUAGGUUUCAUGACUGUCCCAUUGAUGCAGCUGGAAGCUGUUUUUUUUAUGCAAACUACGAGGGAGCCAUUGUGCCACUCUCGCUAAGAGCGUUAGCAUACAGAAAAUUUGGCUUUUUUUCUCUUUUUGUGUUUUUCUUUCUUCAUGCCCUUUUUAGAAUUGCACAAUUUCUUGAGUAUUAAUCCUAGUUCUCACACCUUUUUCGGAAUUGUUACCAGUUUGUCCCGAACCCCGCUGCCAAGCCGUUUGUACCUUCCAACUUGAAUUCAACAUUGGGUCGCUCAAACAGGACAUGGGCAACUAUCGAAGGACAACAUUCAAGGGUAAGUACAAGGUAUUUAUUUUAUUAGAUAUUCGGAGUUGAAAUUCGUUUUUGCAAGAAAACACAACUGUUCCUAGUUACAUGAUUUGAGUAGUGAAGCGUCUACUUUCGGGUCACAAUGUAAGCUGAGCCAAUGCCGCUCGGCUCCGUUCCGGGUCGGUGUUUGUAAAGAAGCAAGUAGCGGCGCAUGAACGAUCUAAUGCUCCCCGAAUUUCACGAGAUGAAAGAUUUUGAAGAUUACGGUUUCUUUAUGCUAUUGCCCACUUCGACAUGAUCAUCAGCUAUAUUUUCGAAAAUGUAGUCCUUGGAGACAGCAGUCAACUGAGUUCUUACAAUUUCGAAACUCGGCAAGCGUUUGCCAACACAAGAAUUAUUGCGCUCAGAUCUGUUCGAUAGCAGCCUUCAAGUUUUCUUACCCAUCGGUUUGCCGUUUUCUCGUUGUAGGGAAAUUAUUUUUCACGUAAAUAACGACGUUAUUACUCUUUGUGAUAAAGUUAUUUAUUUGACGAAAAAAAAAUGUAUGGUUUACUUGUUUUUGUGGGCUGUUGGUUCAGUGUGGAUUUGCCCUGAGACAUAUUUUUUUCUCCAAUUCGAUUCACCCGGCGUAACGAUAUAUUUCAAAAACCGAAUUUUUGAUAUUUAUGGAAAUAAAAAUCAUACUCAUCUUGAAGUUAGUUCCGACCGGAUUUUAGCCAUAAUUUUACGUAAUAUACGUUCCGUGUUCUGUUGGUCAUCGCUAUUCUAAUUAUAGAUUCGGUGAAUCUGAAGGCGAGAGAUCUAUUUGUAAAAAUAGUUUCGUCUGAAUAAUUCCUAUUUUGGACUACAUCGUCAAAGUUUUAAAUCGAUGAUGGAAAAUCCCUAUUAUUUUCUAAUCUUUUUUUGUGAUAUCUGGAGUUCAGCUGUUAUACCUUCGAAGUCUGUCAAUUUACUCAAGUGCAUCGAAAGGCUGUCGUAUAUUUCAACGAAUUUCUUCUUCUAUAGAGGCUUAUUUCCCUUGGUGGGGGAGUUUUCAGAAGUGAUCUUGUCCUUCUUGGAUUUGUUCUCUUGGACUUGUUUGAGUCAAAUGGCAAUCACUUUUGUAGAUUUACUUAUUAACAGGCUCCCUCAUCAUAACAACUUUUAUGAUAUUGCUGUUGCUCAUGGUUGAUGUGAAGUGUGCCCUUAUUGGCUUGGUGUUAGGGCAUUAUUCUCCAGCUAUACCCACAGGCCACAAAACCAAUGAUAAAUAAUGGUAAUAGGACCAAGUGGAGUCCAAUUCAGCCUGUAAUCAUACAAGGGAUUAACAAAAUUAGACUAGUGUAAAGGGGAAGUCAAUUAAUUUUGUCAAGCACAAGUAUGAUUACAGUCAGAAUUGGACGACAAGAAGUCCUCUUACUUAUUAAUCAUAAACAUUACAGUUUCCGAAAAAUACUAAAUACAUUUAGGUCAGAUAUCUUCGGUUGAGACAGUGUCAAAGGAAACUGAAUUUCUCCAUUUGGAAAAUUCCUAAGCUUUUUUCGGUUAGGAUAAGUGGUUGUUGCUAUGGUUAUUGUGGUUAAUUCUGUGAUUGGUGGAUUUGGCUGAGUAGACUUAGUAUGAUUGGUUACUUCAACUGCCCAAUUACAAGUGUCUGAUUACAGUCAACUGUCUAAUUACUCUAUGCUCACUUAUGCUUUACUCUGACGUAGGGCUAAUGCUUGAAACAUCAGCAUUACAACUCUUUCUGUGGCCAAUACUUAAUUACCUUGCCCGAUUACACUUUCCAAUUACAAUUGUACAGAAUGAGUUGUGAAAAACAAAGCAGAUAAUGCACCAAUCACAUAUGAAGAAAUUGUAAUGGUUAAGAUUAUUCAAGAAAUAACUUCUUGUGGAAAUUCAAACACAUGAAGGUGAUAAGGGCCAUUAAACACUACAAAAGAGAAGAUUUUUCAACAACUUUACCAACAACUAAAAUUUUUAGGAAUAACAGGAAUAAUUGAGUCUGAGUCAUUUCAAGUUUCUAGCUGCAAGGUUCCAAAGGCAAAUCCCAUUUCAAAAUUCUAUUGAUUAAGGAAUUCACACUUUUCUCUCAUGUCUCCCUACUCAACACAAGUUAACAUACCCCUUCGCAGGUUUUUUUUUUGUGGGUUAAUGUAAUGGGCUAGGUGCAAAAGCAUUCAAAGUUUGUAGUCAGAUAAAUCACCAAGUAAAAGCAUCAGCAAAUCUAACAAACACCUCUAACUGAACUCCACAGGAAGGUCGUAAUUUCUUUGAUUCUGAACCAGUUGUCAAGGAUUUCAUAUGACAGUUUGUGUUGGAUAUCAAUAAAUUCUCUAGCUAUAUGAUUGAUACAAGCAGGUUUAAAUCAAGUUAAGAGUGGUAGUGCUAUUUGGCUUUGUGUUGUGCCAGGAUCAGGAAAUUAUCAAUCAGGAAGAAUUUUAGUGGUAGUGUUUCUUUUCCUAUCUGUGAUCUGGUUGAUAAGGAUGAAAAUUCUAGCCCCUCAAACAGACCACUACCUUUUAAAGGGGUAAGUUUCUAAAGAAACUGUGGUGUUGCAUUGGUGAGAGAGUAUAGCAGGUAAUUUAGUGUUAACAACUGAGUUGAAAAUGUAAAUUAGUCAUCGUAAAGGGUAAAAAACUGACGUUUUGAGCAUUAGCCCUUUGUCUAUCGCUCUGACGAAGGGCUAACACUCCUUUACGGUGGCUAAUUUAAAAACUCAGUUGUUAACACUAAAUUACCAGCAUUACCUUUUAAAAAAGUCAACAAUUAGUCACUAAAGUGGAUGUGACCAGUGGUGGAUAUUUUUUAAAUAACCACUGCUAGCCACGGACUCUGAGAUGAAUAGUUGUAUUAUUAUAUACUAAAUGUUACAUGUAGAAAGUGAUUGCAGCAUGUUGCAAAUGGUAAUUUGUUCAAUGAAAUAAUGCCAACUUCGUGUUGCAUUUUUUCAACUGGUUUCAUGACUUAUUAUCAAUGCUUUAUUUCAGAUACAGUACAAGUAGGAUUUCACAAUUACCAUAAUUGAUUUAAACUAAGGUUGAGAAAUCCAAUUGUUUUUGCCUCCUAUAGGUUUUUAAUCUUGGUGGAAAUAUUACCAGUUUGAAGGCUGCAAGGCAUAAUGUGAUUGUCCCACAGCCCUACAUGAAUGGUCCACAUAGUAUAGAUCAUGCUAACAGCUGUGGAAUCCCUCCAGAAGAACCCAGGACACCAACAACCCCUCAAUCUAACAACCACAUAGCUUUUCACCUUGUUUCUAAAGUUCUUGAGGAUGAAAGCAUUUUUAAUUUUUCAAGCAUUGAGGAAGCAAAUCCAGGUGUAGAGCCAUUCUCACCUCUUUCUCUGAUACAUCCUGAUAGGUAUGGUAAUCCUUAGAAGUUUUUGUGCGUGAUAGUAUCCUUAAGUGUGCCUGACCUACAUGGAUCACAAGUGACUAAAUACGGGGUUGCAGAGGAAGCUUUCAACAACAAAUCACAUGCCUGUUUUUUUCUCAAUUCCUUUUUCACAUGCACUUUGUAAGUCUUCUCCAUGAACAUUUUUUUGGUUGCAUGGAAUGAAAGCAGGCAAUCCCCAUCUUGCCUGCUUGGGUAGCCAGUUACCGUAAUUUCCGGUCGUUUACCCGCAGGUAAUCUGUUGAUUUUGCAUUAAACGUGCACCACUGCAGGUAAUAGGGAGGUGCAGGUUAUGUGACAAUUUUAAAAUCUAGUGGUAGUUGAAUUGAAAAAAAUUAUCACCACCAUGCGUUUCCACCUCUCAAAUGAAGUUUAUUGUAUUAAGAGUGACGCAAAGUGGCACAAAAACAUGAUGCUGACACGAGUUUAUUUCACGCAUAAUUAGUUGCGCGAUGAACAAAUUGUUAUCAGCACGACAAAACUCGACAAAGACACUUUCAAGUUUUCGAAAGUUGGAUCAGAAAACUUUUAAAAGACUGAAAUGUAUCACCUUAAUGUCACGUUUUCACCACCAAAAAGUUGAAUAACAUAAUGUGCGGGUUAUCCACCAGUGUGGGCAAUCUGUUGACUUUUUUUUUUCGCUGUAUGCAAUAAUCGGCUGGUGCAGGUAAUCGGCCGUGCGGGUAAACGACUGGAAAUUACGGUAUAUCUGUUACAGAUUCCCAGGAUUCCCUUAUCUCAAACUCACACAAUAUGGGUAUGGCUAUGGGUUUGAGUAUUCCACCUCAAGUUUUGUUUGUUGUCUGUUUCAGUUUUGAUGGCACAUCUCAUUCAUGGCCCCUUUCAGCUGUACCCAAUGGUACCAUUCCAGUUCCUGCAUCAACAUCCAAUCACAGUAAUGCAGCAGCUAGAAACUUUGGUUCUUUUCCUGGUCAAACUAUCUGGUCAUCAGAAGUGAUUGCCCAUAGCACCCCACCUUUGUCACCAGUUGAUUUGUCCCCACCCUCAAGUUUAACAAAUUCUUCACUGGGAACUACCCCUCCAUUUCCCUCAACCCCAUUAAUUCCUGCAAGUUCUCUGACCAAUUCAUCAGGCAGUACAUCACCUACUGUGAAUGGUUAUAAUGAUGAACUCUCUCCCUUCCCAUCCCCAACUGGGCAGCAGUUUGGUUCACAAGACACCUUGCCAACUAUGUUCAUGCCAAUUAAAGAUGCAUCUACAGGAGGCAAGGGAUGGAACUCUUCAGAAUCUGGUUACUAUUCAAGUAAUGGCUCCAGUCGUCGUUCUCAACCAUCCCCAAGCUCAGCCCCUGGACUAGCACAAUUUGUUUCUUCUCCUAAGACACGCCCACAGUCUCUAAAUUUAACUAAUGGCCACCAUUACUGUAGUUCACCCAGUAUGUCCCCUUCUUCACCGCCAGGACCAGUUCAUAGCCACUCAGCUCCAAAGCAUUUUAGUUCAAGUUAUGAUGUGAAUGGAGGGUCAUGGCUCAAACAUACAUCAGGCAGAGAGCAUAUUCCUCCAAGCUCUUUGCCAAGGGAUGCAAAUGGACAUUCUGGAGGUCAUGUGAUUUUGCAUCGUACUAAGAGUCCACUGACAAGUGAGCUGCACUAUAGACUUGAAGAGUGUUAUGAACAAUUGCGGUGUCUAGAGAAAGAGCGAAAAAAGGUACUUGUUUGUGUGAGCUUUCACCUAUUAGUUCUCCUUUUGGGUAUUUUGUGACAUGUUAAACGCUGUAUUCAGUGUAAUUUUUUUAAAAGUAAAGUCAUGUUUAUCACUUCAGUCUGUCACUCAUCUUUAUUUUAGAUUAUAGUUGGGCAUUGCAAGAUUUGUGCACGUAAGAUAAUUAUUCAUUUUGCUUUAACUGUAACUGAAAUGUUCUUUUUGUCUUUGUAGGCAGAGGCUGAAAUCUCACACCUAUGGUCAGGGCGAAGACUCUCAUCUGGAAAUGCAACAAAUGUUAGACCUCCCCCUAAUCCAUCAAGAGUGGACAAGCUAAUUGUGGAUCAUUUGCGAGAACAUGCAAAGGUAUUUGUACAUAUUUCAGCAGUCGUUUGUUAAAGGGAAAGUGACUGCUGUGUAAUUGAUUUCCCUAAAAGAACAUUGUUCAGAUUUACCAGUGUCCAAAAGAGGAGUCCUGAAUCUUUUUCUUUAUUCCUGUGUUAUCAGUCAAGGAACUUCACCCUAUUAGAGAGGGCUAGUACCAGGUUGGUGGCAUGAAAACCCCUUAUGAUGGGAACUUUUCACCUUUAAACCUUUGUUUGAAGACAUCAGCAAUAAAAAAUUACAUUGAAUGGUUGGAAGGCAUCUCAAAAUUUGGAAAGUAUCCCUUCAAGUGUUAAAAUAAAGUUUCAGAAGUGUUCUUGCAGCCUAUAAGAUUAAGGCAAAUUUGAGGAAUUAGUAAUUAUGAGUCUCACUUCAGCUUAUAACAAACAAUUUCUCAAGAUAAUGACUCUGGUGAUUCAGCUUGCUGAAACAGUCUUUUUUUAAGACUACUCUCAACACAAUGAUCAGAGUAGAUGAUCAACUAGUACCAAAGUGGAGAUAUUAUCUCUGUGGACAGUCAAAGUAGGAGAUUGAAAGAUGACUCCUGUCCAUUUUGGUUUAUUUUAGUUGACAUCAUUUGUAGCAUGAUAAUUGUAAAGGGUGUUUUUGCUCCGUUUCUUUCUGUGAAUCUCCUUUAGCAUGUGACAAGCUUCCCAUUACUCCUGUUGGGAACAUGUUUACUUCAACCAUGUGCUAUCUGGUUCGAAGACCAGGAGACUAUGUUUUGUUACAACUCACUGAAUUUUGCAAAUAUAUUUACAGUACCAAUUAACAAAAAAGAAAGAACUUCGCUUUUGGUAAAAUAUAGCUUCAAUCUAAACUAAAAUCACUGUAUCACCAACACUUUCUAGUUGUGAUACAUUUGCUUUCUUACCUGUUUGGUUCAUGUAUGUUUUUGCAAUUUUUAAGGUUGAAAGGUUGGGUGGUGUGAUAUCACUACUAAGUUAAUUAUUUAAAAUGGCAGCAUUUUGGCCACUUGGAAGUGGAUUUUCAUUAGGAUUGGAGCAACUUUUUUUUCCACAUUCAAAACAUGUGGCUGCAUACUGAAAAGGUCUCUUGCACAAUACGGUGCACAGAAGUAUGUUAUUAACCAUGGCUUACCUUGCAAUAGGAGACCAUUCGCAACACAUAAAAGUCUUAAGAUCAUACAAAUUAAUUGACCAAUGUCCUCUUAAGUUUACUGAUUAAACCUAUUUUAUCAAGAGUUCACUGCUUAACUGGCUUCUUUAAUGGCGUUUGGUGACUAUAGCUUGACCCCCUUGACACCCUCUUAUAUCCUUUCAGCAAGAGUGAAAUCCCUCCUUUAUAAUUACUAAAGCAGAUGCUAAUUAUUUCAUUACAUACAUAUUUGUGUACACAUGUAUAUAUUUGGGUUAUUAAGCAAGAAUGAUGCCCGUUAGUAAAGAAAUAUUCUAUGCUGUUUAAUUGUAUUUCUGUAAUGUGUGAAUUGUUAUGUAAAUGCUGUUUAGGUUGAAGCCUUAGUUGGACGAAUUGAACGCAUUCGUCACUCUCCUCUCCAUGUCAGCAUUAGUGAGGGAGUUGAUCUGUGGCACAAUGGAAUUCGUGAAUUGCAGAAUCGUAGGAGGGAGGAACUUAGUAGCAGUAAUUGCUCAAGAAGUAGGCUGAAUGGUUCUCUACGGAAUCAAGAUAUUACAGGUAUUGUCAGUUUAAUUCCUUCAAGAAAGACUUCAAAACUCUGAAGUUAAACAAGAAAGGGACUGUUAGCCAGGAAGACACACUGAUGAAAUUUUUAAUGGGAAUCUAGUAAAUUCUUUAUCUAGUAUGGAGGUAGACAAUAUCACUGAGCAGAUUGGAGACUGAAGUGUUCUGAACAAGCCACUUAAUUAAAAAAAAGCCAUUAAAAAUUAAAAGCAAAAACACAAACAUUGGACUCUGAAUAAAUAGCAUCAGUGAAAUCUCUCUAGGAACAGGUUACCACAAAUUUUCCCCAAAAAAUGCAAUCUUGAAAACUUCAGGGUAGGCAAUUGGUAACAACGUCAAGGCUAGUACAACUACAGAAUAACUACUUGCAAAUAGCCUUUAAUUGUGAACAAAUAGGAUUGGUACUAAUGGUAUUCCCAUCCAUUUUUACAUAGCUGUAUGGAAUGAGCCAGUGUGUUAAAUCUGUGUACAGUAAUUUACAUCAACUAUUUGUGGAUGGAAGAUCAGAAUUAGCUUGUUUGAGUUUGUUAUCUGUUAUCCUAGUGUCUUAUGCUUAAAAAAAACCUGACUCACUCGUGUUUCUAUGAUAAGCCAUAUACAAGCUUGUAUCCAAGUUAGCUUUUUUUACUGCAGUUGUUGACCCACAUCAUAAAUAUGUAAUGAUAAGCAUCAUGAUUUUUCUCAUUUAUUUCUAUUUAUUUAUGUAUUUGUUUGUUUGUUUUAAUCCUUCACAGAACUCUCAGCCUUAAUAUCAGCUGUGAAGACACUGACACAAAACACACGUGCAACCCGCACAAUCAUUUGGUGUGCUAAUCAGCUUGUCAUUGGUGAUACUGCAGUUAAUGACAACACUUCAAAUGAUGUUGACAACACAGUUGUGAUAUCCAAGGAAGUCAUUGUGGAUGUGUCUUGACAGAUUGCUCAUACAAUUAGAUGGUUUCAUCCCCCAACUAUACUUGAAGUGCGUCACAUAAUUGGAAAUGAAUUCCAGUGGCAUAAAUUGGUUCAGUGCUACUGAGUAUCAUCAACCUUCCAACAUUGUGGAGAAAAUCUGGUAGAUCAAACCUCAACACAAGACCCCUGACCUUUGCAUUGAAAAAAGGUGACAAGUUUGCAAUCAAUUAUAAAUUGAACUGAAUCAAGGUGCAUUAUGGGAACAGUAAUCUGGUAAUAGAGAAAUUCUGCUUGGCAAUGGUGCUUCAGGUUUUUUCCUUUGGGUUUCCAAGCAACAUGUACUUAGUUGUAAGAAUGACUGAAGCAGGAGUCAAAGGAGGAAAUAAUUUUUUAUAUGGCAAAGCAAGUGAACCUUGCAGUGUAAAGUACUGCCUAACUAAUUGGAUUUUAAGUGUUUUUCCACAUUUAUGGUUCAAGAAAUGCAUUGAAGCUAGCGAGAUAAAGGCAUCAAUUAUGUCUAUCAAUCAUUUUGAGAAAGAAUUGGCAAAGAACACUGAGGGUGUUGGAAUGGUUGAUAUUGAAUACAAUUAUGAAUGUAACUUCCCACACUUAGCUUCAGUGUGUCAGUGUUGCUAGGCAACAGACAUUUUAUAGCAGAAGAUUGUACUUACUCAGGCAAGCAAUAUUUUUCUUCUUUCAUGCAUUCCAUUCAUGCACCAGAAUGUUCCAACAAAUAAGUCACAGUUGUGCAAUGGGUUGGGGAAGGUGAAAAGGAGUCUUGGCAGGCCAAGUGUUUCUUACUAGUGAAUAAAUGAAAGGAAACAUGGCAGAUACAACAUUUUGAAUAAUUUGUGCAACUUUGUGUUGCUCUAAGCAGAGUUCACUUAUUUGUGUCCUAAGAAGACUAAUGAAAUUUUCUCAUUAAUCACCACCUUCCCAACCUGGUAACUUUACUCAUGUCAUCCAUCAUUAAUGAAACAAAUCAGGUUAAUCAUUUCUGAUAAUUAUUCUGCACACUUAGUUUCUGGUGAUAAAUAACUCAUCUCAUUGAAGAUUGGCAAAUUAAGUGCAGCUUAACAUAUUGUUACAUCCAUGACAAGUGUUCAUCAAUUUGCAGUCCAGCUCUUGAAGCACUUUCUGACUGUAGAUAAGUCUGCAACAAGAAUAGCAUGUGUAACCACCAACGUGACAGGAGGCAGUGCUUGUAUGGAGAAAAUUCUCAGCCAGUUCUUAUUGCUUUACUGCUGAAUACAUCCAGACAUCUUCCAAUGGAAAUGUUCCAAAAAUAAAAGCGC